AUGCAUGGUAUUCCGGCUCCAACUGCAGUGGAGCUAGAUGACUUCAAUUGGGGAAACCGCUACAAUGGUCCGAGGAGUGGCACGCAGACACCCUUUGGGGAGCCUGGGGAGCCGUCGACCCCAAUGAGCCCCAUCACCCCGAAGUCGCCUAACGAGCUGGAGAUGAGCAGGCCACCGUCGCCAAAGCGUGAUGAAGCAGCGUCCCUCGUGCAGACCUUUUGGAAUCCGCCAAUGAAUAAGUGGAGGGUCUUGAGCUGCUGUUUGACGUACUUUGGCAAUGGCAUGAACGAUAGCGCUCCUGGUGCUCUAAUUCCGUACAUGGAGACUGAUUACCGCAUCGGCUAUGCCAUCGUCUCCAUGAUUUUCGUCGGCAACGCACUGGGAUUCAUUGUCGCCGCCUUCUUCGCCAAUUGGUUCCUCUAUAAGCUUGGCCGUGCUAAGACGUUGAUGUUGUCUGAGUUGUUCUUGAUUGCCGCAAACGUUAUCAUAGUAACGACGCCUCCAUUUCCCGUGGUGGUCAUUUCAUUCUUUCUCCUAGGCUACGGGGCGGCCAUCAAUCUUGCGCUGAACAACGUCUUCUGUGCAAACCUGCACCCGUCAAGCGUGAUCCUCGGCGCAGCGCAUGGGAGCUAUGGUAUUGGAGGCACCAUAGCCCCCAUCAUCGCCACAACUCUCGUGACCCACGGCUCGGUCUGGUCUCGAUUCUAUUUUGUCGUCUUGGGCAUCCGCGUCCUCUGCCUCGCCUUCGCCGCAUUCUCCUUCUGGCACUACGAGGAAGAAGCUCCCGCCAGACUCCUAGCAGCCUUGGAACAGACCGCCAGCCGCCAGAUUGCCGCCGAGGCCGGCGAGCUCACCAAGACGCAGCUCAUGAAGCAAGCGCUAAAGAACCGCGUCACGAUUGGGGGGGCAGUCUUCAUCUUCGCGUACCAAGGCGCCGAAGUCUCCGUCUCCGGCUGGGUCAUCUCGUUCUUGAUCUCCUACCGCGGCGGCGAUCCGGCACGAGUCGGUUACGUGACGUCCGGUUUCUGGGCGGGCAUAACAGUCGGCCGCUUCGUCCUCACCCAUGCUGCGCCCAAAAUCGGUGAACGUCCGUUCGUCGUUGCCCUCACCCUCGGCUCCAUCGCCUUCCAACUCCUCGUCUGGCUCGUCCCUAACGUCAUCGGCGAGGCUGUCGCCGUCGGCAUCCUUGGCCUCCUCAUCGGCCCUAUCUAUCCAUGCGGCCAAACCGUCUUUACGCGACUGUUGCCGCGCGAUUUGCAGACAACAAGCGUUGCAUUUAUGAGUAGCGCGGGCAGCUCUGGAGGUGCCGUGGCACCGUUGGUGACGGGAUUAGUGUCCCAGGCGGCCGGGACAUUUGUGCUUAAUCCGAUUUGUAUUGGGUUGUAUGUCGUUAUGAUUAUUUGUUGGAUGUUGUUGCCGAAGGUGAGGAAGAGGACAGAGUAG